UCAGAGAAUAUCAUUACAGGGUUUUACAUAAUGAACCACCCUAUAGCCGCUGAUAUGUACAGUCUAGUCACGUGCGUUUAGUCACACUGCCACGCGCUUACGUCUCACAACUUUCAAAAGAAGGAAUCAUGGCAAUGAUGCAGCAGCCAAUUGUUCCUCGUAGUACAACGACACUUCAGUUUGAAAACGAAAGGGUAACAAUCCAACAUGAACUGGGCAGGGGAGCGUUUGGUGUUGUCUACAGAGUACAAGACGUGGCAACAUUCAAUUUAUACGCGUUGAAAGCAAUCCCUUGUGUCAAUGCUUUGGCUCUUCAGGAAGCGGUCCGCGAGGCCGAGAUGUUGCGAGAAAUCUCGCACCCAAACAUUAUCUCCUUACGGGGAACAAAGCAAGUCCUUGAUGCUCAGGGCCAGCUAUACAUGUUCCUUUUGACUGACUACUGUCCGGGAGGAAACCUCAACCAACGCCUCCCUCGAUCGAGCAAUGACCAAGUGAAUUUGACGUGGAUGAAACAAAUGGCCUCAGCUGUAGCCUACCUUCAUUCGCAAAACGUAGUUCACCGCGAUUUGAAGCCAGAUAAUGUGCUCUUGACUUCGACAGAGGAUGUCAAAUUGGGGGAUUUUGGUUUGGCUCGCGGAUACAUCGCACUCACACAAAUCCAAGUUAAUGGUCAAAAUACCGAAGUGCGAUACUACAUGCGCUCAGAGGUUGGCACAAAAUAUUACAUGGCGCCGGAAGUAUUCAGAAGUGACGGUUACAGUGAAAAGGCAGACGUCUUUUCCCUUGGAGUGCUCCUUUACGCAAUCCUCGAGCGCGAUUUUAUCAGAAUUGAUGGGAAAGCAUACUACGGUGCCUUUGUCAAUACUUACAUGGGAAAAAUUGGCCUUGGAUUUGCUUUGGCAAUCCAAAUCCCUUUCACAGACAUAACGUUUCUUGGUUAUCUUUCCACUUACGGCUCUCUCCAAAUGUUAAUUCGACAGGCCUUAAACUACGACCCGCAUAAUCGACCGAGUGCUGAACAGGUUUAUGAAAACCUCGCGGCCAUUGAGGAAAGUUUUAACGAGGAGUGUAAAAAUGAGGAGUGUAACAAU